GCCUUAAGCCUGCGUCCGCCCGAGUAAGGACCGCAAAUGUUCACAAGCAAUGUCCAACGCGAUGCUUGCGGCUAUAAAAGUUCCCACCGCUUCUGGGCCCCUGGCGCACCCAAAACUGCCGGAGUCACAACGCCGAGUUCGCAGUAACAGCAAUAACUACAUCGACGGUGGCCAUGGGUAGCGAAGGCGAGAUCCAGAGGAAACCCAGAUUUCUCUGCCUCCAUGGAUUCCGAACCAGUGCCGGAAUCCUCAAGGCGCAGCUCUCCAAGUGGCCGGAGUCGGUUCUCUCCCAUGUAGAUCUUGUCUUCGUCGACGCUCCGUUCCCCGCCCAAGGCAAGUCCGACGUCGAAGGAAUCUUCGAUCCUCCCUACUACGAGUGGUUCCAGUUCAACAAGGAAUUUACAGAGUACACGAACUUCGAAGAGUCCUUAGCGUACAUCGAAGAUUGCAUGAUAAAGCACGGACCUAUAGAUGGGUUGCUUGGAUUUUCACAGGGGGCCAUUUUAUCCGCGGCGCUGCCGGGGCUGCAGACCAAGGGAAUGGCUCUGACGAAGGUGCCCAAAAUUAAAUUUCUGAUAAUAAUCGGCGGGGCAAUGUUUAGAUCAUCAUCGGUCGCUGAGAAAGCUUAUUCCUCUCCCAUUCGCUGCCUGUCCGUCCACUUUUUGGGAGAGACGGACUUCCUGAAGCAGUAUGGGAUUAAACUUUUAGAUUCAUUUGAAGAACCUCUCGUCAUCAAUCAUCCCAAAGGCCACACAGUACCCAGACUAGAUGAGAAGGCUUUGCAAGUCAUGCUCGGCUUCAUUGAGAAAAUGCAAAAGACGUUGCGUAGGGACGAAGAAUUGGAGAUGCACUUGGAUGGCGAUGCUCCUGUAUCUUAAGCGAAAGGAUGAUUGACUCCUGCUGGAUGAGUAGAAUAUAAUCACUUAGAAGGGAAUCAAAUUUAUUAUUCAAUUUCUUUAAGUCCUCUAUUUAAAAUUUUACUUCAUUUCACAAAUCAAUUGUGAUGUCAUUGAAAUUUGAAAUUAUUCAAUUUAGGAUUAUAGACUGAAAAGAGAAAAAAAAACAAAAACCAAAAAGACAGAGACCAAUGUGCCUGAAGCCUUGAACGUACGGCGAUUUGUCAAGUUGACUAUAGCUCUCGCUACAAGCUGGUGCAAUAAUUUCAUUCAAUUUGUUAUUAUGCCAUUAUAAAUUGAGUACAGAUAUAGGUAUUUUUCAAA